AAGAAAUUUUUUCAUAAUUUUCGAUGGACAUAUGAAGGAGAAACCCUUUACCACUGCCAGCCACUUCUGUUAUUGUGAAGCUGGAGAACUCUCUAUCAAUGGCUGCUGCAACUACAAUUGAGAAGAAGAAGGUUAGUAGUAGUAACUAUAUACCUGAUGACCUUUCCUUUUCUAUUCUCUCUAAACUUCCUAUUAAAUCUCUUAAGCGUUUUUCUUGCGUUCGUAAAUCAUGGUCUCUUUUAAUUCAAAACCCUAAUUUCAUGAAUUUGUUCCGCAACAAUCUCUUAUCCAAAUCUCAUCCGCACUACCACGAUUCCGGUCUCGUUGUAAACCAGUUUAUGGGUCCUUCUGAUUGGAACAUUUAUUUGCUUUCUGGAGAUAAGUUUGAGAAUAAAGUGAAAUUGGAUUUGCCACCUUCAUUUCAAAUUCCAAACAUCGGCGUUGCUCCUAUUCGUGUUCUUGGUUCUGCUAUUAAUGGCAUUAUUUGUAUCUAUGACCAUCAUGGAGUUCCAACAACUACUGUAUUAUGGAACCCUGUCACUGAGGAAAUAAUUCAGAUACCUCUUGGUCAUGCUGAGUUUAUACCUGAGUUUACAACUCAAAUUUUUCCUCAUGGAUUUGGCUAUGACCAUAUUGGAGAUGACUAUAAAAUCAUUCAACAUGUGGAUUAUACUAUGGUUAAUGAAAAUCCUUUGGACGAUUUGGAAAUGGAAGAUGUUAUGAUGCCUGACCCAUUCUGGGAGAUAUAUAGUCUAAAAAGUAACUCAUGGAGAAAAAUUGAUUUUGAUAUGCCAAUGAUUUACUGGAUUUUUAAUAGCGUCGCCUACUUCAAUGGGACGUGUCAUUGGUUGGGGGAAACAAACAAGGUGGUAUCAUUUGAAUUGUGCAAUGAGGCGUACUUUAUUACACCUUCUCCCUUGGAAGAAGAUACGCACGAUGACCAAUUUGAAGUUAAUCUGACUGUGUUAAAUGAGUCUGUUGCUAUUAUAACUAAUUGUAAAAAUACUACGUCGUUCCAAGUAUUAGUUUUGGGUGAACUUUGUGUCAAAGAAUCAUGGAUUAAACUUUUCAAUAUUGAACUUUUCUCUUGCAUUGAGAAACCUAUCGGAGCAGGGAAGAAGGGCAAUGUAUUCUUUACAAAAGAAGAUGGUGAACUAGCUUGUUUUGAUUUAACUACUGGGUUGAUUGAGGAGAUUGGUAUUCAAGGAGGACCAUUUUGGUGUCAGAUUGCAAUUUACAAGAAAAACCUUCGUUUGAUCGGUGAUAUAAACGUGUAAUUUCUUUUUCAGUGAAUGCAUGAAGUUUUCACACUCGAGGUUUAUCAAUCUUGUUGUUAUAUGCAAAUCGGCUUGUCAAUUGUCAAUAAUAUAUGUAUUAUCAAUUAUACGAGAUGUCAGAUACAUGUUGUUAGAUACAUAUUUUUACUCUUAAAGAAAUUAAAGUUUGCGAUUAGAUAAAUGUUGUUAGCUUGUUAUCUAUCAUUGAUUGGAAAUAAGUACUAAAGUAUACAUGGACUUGCAGUGUAUGUUUUGUAGUAGUUGUUUGUCUUGAAUCAAUAUGGUGAUUCCCAGUUAGGUUUUUAGAUAAAUAUUACAUACUACGUAUGUUAAAAUGA